AUGGAGGAAUUAGCUGUGGCCCAAUCCCAGCUAGACGAGAAACAACGUGAAUUGGACAUUGUGCAGGCAGAGUAUGAUCGGGCGAUGGCCGAGAAACAACGCUUGUUGGAGGACGCUGAGGCCUGUCGGAGAAAAAUGAGCAAUGCCACCGCAUUAAUUGGUGGUUUAGCAGGUGAAAGAAGUCGUUGGACAGAAGCUAGUCAACAAUUCGCAGAGCAAAUAAACCGCCUUGUUGGUGACGUGCUUUUGGCCACUGGGUUCCUAUCCUACACCGGACCGUUUAAUCAGGACUUCCGGAAUUUGCUGACCAGACUAUGGCGCAAAGAACUGGAACAAAACAACAUCCCGUUCUCCGAGGAUUUGAACUACAUCACCAUGCUGGUAGACAAUGCCACCUUGAGCGAAUGGAGUGUACAAGGUUUACCCACGGACGAAUUGUCCGUACAGAACGGUUUGAUCGUCACUCGAGCCACACGAUACCCACUUCUGAUUGAUCCUCAAGGUCAGGGUAAAGCAUGGAUCAAGAAAAAGGAGGCGGAUAACGAUUUGCAGGUCACAUCCCUCAAUCACAAAUAUUUCCGAUCACAUUUGGAAGAUUCCUUAUCUCUUGGACGUCCGUUGCUUAUUGAAGAUGUUGGCGAGGAACUGGAUCCCGCGUUGGACAAUGUCCUGGAAAAGAAUUUUAUCAAAUCUGGUUCCACUUUCAAAGUCAAAGUUGGUGAUAAAGAGUGUGAUCUGAUGAAAGGGUUCUGUUUGUACAUCACAUCAAAACUGCCGAAUCCGUCAUACACCCCGGAAGUGUACGCUAAAACGUCGGUAAUCGACUUCACGGUCACGAUGAGGGGAUUAGAAGAUCAGCUGCUCGGAUUGGUCAUUCUGACUGAGAAACGGGAAUUAGAAACCGAACGGACCAAACUGAUGGAGGAGGUUGCAGCGAACCGAAGGAAAAUGAAAGAAUUGGAAGACAAUCUGCUCUACCGUCUGACAACAACCGAGGGCAGCCUGGUCGAGGACGAGUCCUUGAUUGAGAUGCUUAGUGUGACCAAAACCACCUCGGAGGGUGUACGCGAAAAACUGACCGUGGCCGCUGAGACUGAGGUGAUGAUCAACACGGCCCGGGAAGAGUAUCGACCGGUAGCUGCUCGAGGCUCAUUGCUCUAUUUCCUGGUGGUCGAGAUGAGCAUGGUGAAUGUGAUGUAUCAGACCUCACUCCGACAAUUUCUCGGCCUGUUCGACUUGUCAAUGGCUCGUUCCACCAAGUCCCCUGUCACUCAGAAGCGCAUUGUGAAUAUUAUUGAUUAUUUGACUUACGCAGUGUAUUGCUACACAGCUCGCGGAUUCUAUGAGGUCGAUAAAUUCACAUUCACUAUGCUUUUGACGCUGAAAAUUGCCAUGCACACGGGUGACGUGAAGAAAGAGGAAUUUCAGAUAAUGAUUAAAGGUGGAGCAGCAUUGGAUUUGAAUGCCGUAGCACCGAAACCAAAGAAAUGGAUUCAGGAUAUGACGUGGCUUAAUCUGGUCGAAUUGAGCAAAUUGCCCCAGUUCUCACAAUUACCCAGUCAAGUUGGAGCGAACGACAGGUUCAUCGCAUCGAUUCGUGCGGUGCAAAUUGUAUUCUCAAACAUCCUCUACCUUCUUCUGUGUCAUUUCCUUGCUCUACCUGAAGAAUGUGGGGCUAUUUCCAUGGGUCAAGGACAAGAAGUUCAUGCUCGACGUCUUUUGUCGGCCAGUAUGACUGAUGGCCGUUGGGUUCUGUUACAGAAUUGUCAUCUGGGAUUGAACUUUAUGGACGAAUUUUUGGAAACUGUCACGGCAGCUGAGAACAGUCACGAAUCGUUUCGAUGCUGGCUCACAACGGAAGGCAAUCCGCAUUUUCCUAUCAAUCUGCUUCAGUCGUCCAUCAAAUUCACAUAUGACCCGCCAAUGGGUAUUCGUGCAGGACUGCGUCGAACCUACGCGUUACUUACCCAGGAUCAACUGGACAUUAGCAAUCUGCCCCAGUGGAAACCGAUGCUUUACGGAGUAGCUUUUCUGCACACCACGGUACAAGAGCGCCGAAAAUUCGGGCCGAUCGGGUGGAACAUUCCGUAUGAGUUCAACCAGGCAGAUUUCACAUCCACUGUUCAGUUUGUACAGAAUCAUUUGGACGAGAUUGAUGUGAAAAAGGGGAUUUCAUGGCCUACGGUACGCUACAUGAUCGGUGAAGUGCAGUACGGUGGUCGAGUAACAGAUGACUAUGAUAAGCGUUUAUUGAAUACAUAUUCAAAAGUGUGGUUCUCUGAGGCCAUGUUCAGCGACACCUUCAUGUUUUAUCGAGGCUACAAUAUCCCGAAAUGUCGCACCCUAGACGAAUAUCAGAAUAGCAUUGACAUGCUACCAUUGGUUGAUUCACCCGAAUGUUUCGGAUUGCAUUCAAAUGCUGACAUUACGUACUCGACCAACACGGCAAACUCCAUGCUCACAACUAUAGUCAACAUUCAACCGAAAGACAGUGGUGGAGGUGGUGGUGAAACGCGAGAAGCAACUGUGUACCGAAUGGCAAAUGACAUAUUGGAAAAAGUACCACCGGAUUACAACCCGUUCGAAGUCAAAGAACGACUGAUCAAAAUGGAUCACCUGAAGCCGUUGCACAUUUUCCUGCGUCAAGAAAUCGAUCGAAUGCAACGCGUGAUCUCCAGCGUCCGGAGCACACUAACCGACUUGAAACUGGCAAUCGAUGGGACUAUAAUCAUGUCGGAAAAUUUGCGUGACGCGUUGGACAACAUUUUUGAUGCUCGUAUUCCAAAUGCGUGGAGAAAAGUUUCAUUUACGCAGUACAUCAACCGUGGGAAUGAACCAUUGGAUGAGCGAGAGCUGAGUGGCAUUGGAGUCUGA